AUGGCCGACUCUCCAGUCUACAAUGCAUCUACCCCAACAGGCGGAGAUCCACUCAAGGUCGAUGUAAAUGCUCAAUAUGCAGGCGUCGAGUGGAACUAUACCUACAUCAUCCUCUGCUCGUUCAUUGUUUGGUUGAUCAUCCCCGGGAUUGGUCUUCUCUACAGUGGUCUUGCACGGAGAAAAUCAGCACUGGCAUUACUCUUCCAGUCGUUCAUGAUUGCGGCCGUGAUAACGUUCCAAUGGAUGUUCUGGGGUUACUCGUUAGCCUAUGCCCGGGAUGCAAGUCCCUUCAUUGGAACCCUUAAGAACUUCGGUCUGAGAGGUGUGAUGGUAGCACCAUCGCCUGGCUCGGCGGAUCUCCCGGAGAUUGUGUUCUGCUUUUAUCAGCUUCUAUUCUGCGCAUGCACGGUCAUGAUCGUUGUUGGCGGAGCUUUCGAACGAGGCAACAUGAUCCCCUCGCUGAUCUUCGGCUUCUGCUGGGCAACCGUCGUCUACUGUCCCCUAGCCUGUUGGACCUGGAACAGCAACGGGUGGCUGUAUAACCUCCCAUCACUUGAUUUCGCCGGCGGCGGCCCGGUUCACAUCGCAUCUGGCUGGUCAGCAUUGGCUUAUGCCUUUGUUUUGGGGAAGCGCAAGGAUAUCGACAAGCCUUCACAUGCGAAACCCCACAACACCACCUUAGUCUUCUUAGGCACGUCCUUGAUCUGGUUUGGAUGGUUCGGGUUCAACGGCGGCUCGACUCUAAAUGCUAGCAUGCGGGCAAUGCUAGCGGUAUUUAACACCAACACUGCGGCUUGCACAGGCGUACUCGGAUGGGUGCUGGUUGACUAUAUUAAGUAUCGUGGGAAGUUUUCGGUCGUGGGGGCAUGCGAAGGCGCAAUCGCAGGGCUAGUAGGCAUCACGCCAGCCGCCGGAUUUGUGUCCGUGUGGCUUGCUGCCGUCAUCGGGUUCCUCACGAGCAUCGUCUGCGCGCUCCUCCAAAACAUCAAUGAGUGGUUACACAUAGACGAGGGGAUGGAUGUGUUCAAGCUGCACGGUAUCGGCGGAAUGGUGGGGGCAUUCCUUACCGGCAUCUUUGCGUCGCAAUCUAUUGCCGCGUUGGAUGGCGUGACCGAGGCCACUGGUGGCAUUAACGGCAAUGGAGUGCAGGUUGGAAAACAAUUGGCCGAGGUGUGUGCUAUCUCGGCAUAUUCUUUUGUUGUCUCCUGUAUCCUGCUUUACAUUAUCAAUUUCAUACCGGGGAUGCAGUUGCGCGUGCAUGAGGAGGUGGAAAUGGUUGGCCUGGACCGCACGCAGUUUAUCGAUGAGCAGAUUGGUGAGCGGGCGCUGCUUGACGAUCUAUGCGGGUCUUCAUCACCUGCAAGUGUGCUUAAUGGGCAGCUUCCUGUAGUGGUUGGGUCUGAGGGAACGAAGGAAUGA